ACAUUCAUACACAAAUAUGUAUCUAUAAAUAAAUAUUUAUUUCUAUACCCCAAAGAUUUUACAACAGUGCCCAGUUUCUUUUUUGCACACACUGCGAGGGGUUUGCUUUUGCUAUUUGAUUUUCCCCCUUUUCUUUUUUUCUCAUCAUCCGCAAUCAAAUUUACUACACCCAAUGCAUCUGUACAACGCGUGGCUGCCGCCGCCCGUGGCGGAGGAGACGAAGCGGGAGAAGGAGGCAUUCGCCGGAGUCGUUAAGUCCGUUAAGGAGUCCUACAACCCCGACGAUCCCGAAUCCGUUUACUCUACUCUCAAAUGGGUCUCCGUUAUUGAUCUUUUUGUGAAGGCGAAAAGUGAGUUAUCCAUGGAAGAUGUCUCGGACAUUGUAGAAGUUGGACUACAACUGUUUCAGAUAUCAGAGAACAAGCUAUAUGCUCAGGUUAGAUGGGGAAGCAUUCUAGUGAAAUUGUUGAAUAAAUACAGGAAAAAGUUAUCCCUAAAGAUUCAGUGGAGGCCUCUGUACAAUAUUUUGACCCAUACACACUUUACAAGGAAUACUGGCCCUGAAGGCUGGAGACUGAGACAACGACAUUUUGAAACAGUUACUUCCCUUGUUCGAUCUUGCCGAAGAUUCUUUCCUCCCGGUUCUGCCUCUGAAAUAUGGUCUGAAUUCAGAUCUCUAUUGGAGAAUCCAUGGCAUAAUGCUUCUUUUGAAGGUGCUGGAUUUGUGCGACUUUUUCUCCCAACGAACUUUGAUAACCAGGAUUUCUUUCAUCAUGAAUGGAUUAAAAUUUGCUUAGAUCAUUGGGGUUCAAUGCCAAAUUGUCAGUUUUGGAACAGCCAAUGGGCCUCUAUCACUGCCCGUGUCAUAAAGAGCUACAAUUUCAUUGACUGGGAAGGGUUCUUGCCAGAUCUAUUCAAUAUCUACUUGAAUAUGUUUGAGGUUCCCGUGGCUAAUGGGAGUGGAUCAUAUCCUUUCUCUAUAGAUGUUCCAGGAAACACGAGAUUUUUGUUUGCAAAUCGGACUGUCACUCCAUCGAAAGCCAUUGCUAAGUCAAUUGUGUAUCUAUUAAAAUCUGGUGGAUCAGCGCAAAGGCAAUUCGAAAAAUUGGCCAACCUCUUGGAGCAAUAUUACCAUCCUUCAAAUGGUGGCCGCUGGACUUACUCGUUAGAGCGUUUCUUGUUCCACUUGGUGAAUAUCUUCCAGAAACGCUUGCAGCAUGAGCAACUGAUCAAAGAUAUCGAUGAGCAAUCUGGACUAUUCAUGACACAGUCUGACAGGAUUUCUUUUGUGAAUACUGUACUGAAGCUACUUGAUCGUGGCCAGUACAGCAAAAAUGACCAGCUCUCUGAAACAGUUGCAGCUGCAACUUCUAUUUUGUCGUAUGUGGAGCCCUCCUUGGUUCUGCCCUUUCUGGCUUCUAGGUUCCACAUGGCUUUGGAGACGAUGACAGCUACUCACCAGUUGAAGACUGCCGUGACCUCUAUAGCAUUUGCUGGAAGAUCAUUAUUUUUUUCCUCUUUAUCGGCCUUGCCUAUGGAUUCAACUAAUGUCAGUGGAUUGAAUUCAUAUGCUGAUCUACUGAUGAUUUCUUUAUCCAAUGCAUUACUUGGUAUGGAUGCUAAUGAUCCACCCAAAACCUUGGCAACCAUGCAACUGCUUGGUUCUUUGUUCUCUAACAUGUCUACCGUGGAUGAUAAUAUAAAUGAGGGUUCACUAAUCCCAUCAUUACACUUUUCAGAAUGGCUUGAUGAGUUCUUCUGUCGACUAUUUUCCUUACUUCAACAUUUGGAACCUAGUAGUGUUCUGAAUGAAGGCGUUUCUUCACCAUCAAGUUCAGGGACUUUUCUGGUGGAGGAUGGCCCAUACUACUUCUGUAUGCUGGAAAUAUUGCUUGGAAGGCUCUCAGAUUCACUCUACAAGCAGGCACUUAAAAAAAUUUCCAAGUUCGUCACAACAAAUAUUCUUCCUGGAGCAAUUGCAGAGGUUGGACUGCUUUGUUGUGCUUGUGUUCAUUCAAAUCCCCAGGAGGCAGUUCUUCAACUUAUCAAACCAAUGUUGGAAUCAGUUAUUUCCUCUUUGAAAGCAACACCCACCACUGGUUUUGGAUGUAGCGCAAAUUCUAAUGCCUCAUCCUCAAAAAAGGAAAAAGCCACCAUAUCUCCAGCUCUUGAAACAGCUAUUGGGUAUCAAUUGAAAGUACUCUCAGUUGCAAUCAGUUAUGCAGGUCCGGCACUACUGCACUACAGGGAACAAUUCAAAGAAGUGAUAUUUUCUGCCUUUGAUUCGACAUCUUGGAAGAUUAAUGGAGCUGGUGAUCACGUUCUUCGUUCUCUUUUAGGAAGCCUUGUCCACUAUUAUCCUAUUGAUCAGUACAAGUGUGUUAUGCAUCAUCCUUUUUCUGCUUCAUUAGAGAAUUGGAUUGAUACAAAAGAUUUCUCGAUUGAUAAGCCAGUCAUAGGACCGAAGUGGCAUGUUCCUGUAGAGGACGAAAUUAAGUUUGCAAAUGAGCUUCUAAAGCUUCACUUUGAAUCUGCGUUAGAUGACCUGCUAACUAUAUGCCAAUCCAAAAUUCACUCUGAUCCAGGAGAUGAGAAAGAUCACUUGAAAGUGACUCUUCUACGUGUAGACUCUUCAUUGCAAGGUGUUUUAUCAUGUUUGCCUGACUUCAGUCCAUCCUCUGAGAAUGGAAUGGUUAAAGAGGCAAGCUUUUCUCCUUUCCUGAUUGCUGGGGCAACAGGUUCACGUGUUGGUAGCUCAGAGUUGCGACAAAAAGCUGCUAAUGUUAUCCAUGAGACGUGCAAAUAUUUGUUGAAGGAGAAGUCUGAUGAUAGCAUUUUGCUGCUUCUUCUCAUUCGUGUAAUCGAUACAUUAGGAAAUUAUGGCAGUUCAGAAUAUGAGGAGUGGUCGAAUCAUAGGCAGGCCUGGAAGCUGGAAUCUACAGCUAUUAUAGAGCCUCCAAUUAAUUUUAUCGUGUCAUCUCACUCAGAAGGAAAAAGAAGGCCUAGGUGGGCACUUAUAGACAAAGCUUAUAUGCAUAACACUUGGAGAUCGUCGCAGUCGUCAUUUCAUUUGUCCCGCAUGAACGGAAAUAUGUCUCCAUCAGACCAAGUGACUCAUUUAAUGGACGAUCUUCUUUGUCUCUCUUUGCAUGGUUAUGAAACAGUUAGAAGACUUGCUGCAAAAAGUAUCCUGAAGAUGAUGAAAAGAUGGCCCUCAACAAUUUCAAAGUGUGUGCUAACUCUUGCUGAAAAAUUUAGAAACCCAAGCUUGCCAGAAAAUGUAGUGUUAGGUUCUUGUGCAGUACUUUCGUCCCAAACUGUUCUGAAGCGUUUAACAACGGAUAGGAAGGCUCUUUCGUCAUUCCUUCUUGGAAUUUUAUACAGCUCCCAUAAUGAAUCACAAAAAGCUCAGAAAGCAAUUACUGAGCUUUUUGUCAAGUACAAUAUCCAUUUUGCGGGACUGUCGAGAAGCAUUUUCGGGGGACCAAGCCAAGCAGAUGGGACUGACUUUGCAGGUUUGGUUGCUGAAAUUGGGUCUAUGAGUUUUGAGACCUCCAAUUUGCAUUGGCGGUAUAAUUUAAUGGCUAAUAGAGUUCUGCUGUUGCUGGCUAUGGCAUCCAGAAAUGACCCAAAUGUGCCUGCAAAAGUUCUCAGUGAAAUCGCUGGUCAUUUUCUGAAGAAUCUGAAAAGUCAACUUCCACAGUCUAGACUACUAGCGAUUUCUGCUUUAAACACUCUUCUGAAAGAGUCACCUCACAAAAUUUCAGCAGAGAACCGUGUCCAUGGUCAGGGAAGUUUGCAGGCAGACCCCAAGUCAUCUCUAGAAGAAGCUUUGAGUAGUAUUUUUCAGGAAGAAGGCUUUUUUAGUGAUACUUUGAAUAGUCUUUCUCAUGUUCAUAUUAUCACCGACAUGGAUACUGGGUCUUCCAGAGGACAUUAUGGAAGUUCAUCCUUGCAGAGUUUUGCGGACAAAUCGAUUACUCGUUUCUAUUUUGAUUUUUCUGCUUCAUGGCCUCGUACUCCAAGUUGGAUAUCUUUAUUCGGGAGUGAUACAUUUUACUCCAACUUUGCACGGAUCUUUAAAAGGCUGAUUCAGGAAUGUGGCAUGCCUGUUUUACUGGCUUUGAAAAAUGCUCUAGAGGAGUUUGUGGAUGCUAAAGAGAGGUCAAAGCAAUGUGUUGCUGCUGAAGCAUUUGCUGGGGUGCUGCAUUCUGAUGUGCUUGGUGUUUCAGAAGCAUGGGACAGCUGGAUGAUGGUCCAAUUGCAGAAUAUUAUUCAUUCCCCCUCUGUGGAGUCUAUUCCAGAGUGGGCUGCAAGUAUUCGUUAUGCAGCCACUGGGAAGGGAAAAUCUGGAACCAGGGCUCCCCUCCUGAGACAUAAAGUAAUUGAUUGCCUGAUGAAACCUUUACCUCAAAUAGUUGCUACCUCUGUAGUUGCCAAGCGCUAUACUUUUCUUUCAGCUAUACUCAUAGAAGUAUCUCCUGUGGGAAUGCCUGAAUCUGAAAUCCUGGUUCAUUAUAAUCUUCUGGAUGAGUUGCUGAGUAACAUGAGUCACUCCUCUGCACAAGUAAGAGAAGCAAUUGGUGUUGCCCUUUCUGUGUUAUGUUCAAACCUUCGACUUUGCGCCUCUUUUGGUAAUGCCCACUCGGAUGAAAGCGGAGCCAGCAACGCAGACAUAACACCUGCAAGAUCAUGGGACAGAUACUUGGUCAAGCGGGCUUCUGAACUGGUAACUAAGAUACAAAAUGUCAGUGCGUCAGAAGCUUUGGAGAUUCCAAAAGAGAAAUUAUCAGAAAAUGGCAUGUCAAGUGACCAUUCUAAAGACGACAUUAAAUGGAUGGAAACGUUGUUUCAUUUUAUCAUAUCAUCCUUGAAGUCGGGAAGGUCUUCAGUUUUGCUGGAUGUUCUCGUCGAACUUCUGUACCCAGUCAUAUCUUUACAGGAAACAUCAAAUAAAGAUCUGUCAAAUCUGGCCAAGGCUGCUUUUGAAUUGCUAAAAUGGAGGGUUACUCGGGAGCCUCAUCUACGGAAAGCUGUGUCUAUUAUUCUUUCUCUAGCCAACGAUCCCAAUUGGAGAACUCGAUCUGCAACUUUAACAUUUCUGAGAAGUUUUAUGUACAGGCAUGAUUUUAUUCUCUCAAACAUGGAUAAACAACAUAUCUGGCAAGCUGUAGAGAAGCUUCUAAUAGACAGCCAACUAGAGGUAAGGGAGCAUGCCGCUGCAGUUUUAGCAGGGCUGAUGAAGGGUGGGGAUAAAGACUUGGUUGAAGAUUUUCGCCGGAGAGCUUAUGAGCAAGCCGCUGCUUUAAUUAAGAAAAGGAAGCACAGAAGCACAGUUUCUGCAUUGCCUGUUGCAUCUGUACACGGUUCAAUACUUGCUUUGGCAGCUUGUGUACUCUCGGUUCCAUACGAUAUGCCCAGUUGGUUGCCGGAGCAUGUUACUUUGCUGGCCCGUUUUGUGUCUGAGCCGUCACCCCUGAAAUCUACGGUUACAAAGGCAAUUGCUGAAUUCCGUCGCACCCAUGCAGAUACAUGGAAUGUACAUAAAGACUCGUUCACUGAAGAGCAACUUGAGGUUUUGGCUGAUACAUCUUCUUCAUCUUCAUACUUUGCUUGAUGUUAUACAGUGUUUAAAACAUCUCCCCUCGAGGAUAUAACAGGAACACAUACACACCGUAGAUAUAACUUAAUAUAUUUGUAUUGAUGUAUCUGUAAUAAUGUAUAACUACUAUUUUAACAGUGAUUUUAUUUACUCUUUCUUUAAUUGAGUUCACCUACAAACUGAAACCAUUUUGCGUUAAGUCGAAAAAUUCAAUGAUGGUUGUUAUAACAAUAAAAAGGCUAUCAAUUGAUGCCGAUUUUUACU